AUGUCUCUCGAAAAGCAAUUCAGUGAUGAUUUCAAGGGCUCCGAUGCCACUGUCCAAUCCGACCACGAGAGGCAGGCUUCGGUGGGCAAAAUCACCAGGAUCUCGUCGAUCAUGAUGGUCUUGGUCUCCGGGCUGGCGUUGUUCUCAGAUGGGUACAAUGCCCAGAUCAUUGGGUAUAUGAACCCAUUGUUCAAAGAACUAUAUCCGGACACUUUCAGUGCCGAGUUCAAGACUAGACUUAGCAAUUCGUAUCUCAUUGGAGAGAUUUUCGGUAUGCUGGGCUUCGGCUUUCUCAUCGACCGUCUUGGCCGACGCACAGGAGUGUUCUGGGCAACACUUCUUCUCAUCCUUGGUGUGAUACUUGCUACCGCCGCUCAUGGUACUUCGACCUCUGGGAUGUUCUGGAUGAUGAUUGUCGGUCGAGGUAUCGCUGGCGUGGGUGCUGGAGGCGAGUAUCCGACAUGUGGGACUGGCUCAGCGGAAGCCAGCGACGAGACACCUUACGUACGCAAAAGGAGAGGCAUGCUAGUUGCCGUGGCCACCGAUUUCUCCAUCGAUCUCGGCUUCGUGGUGGCCGGCAUCAUUGCACUGAUCGUGCUGGCUGCAUACCAUGAGAACGUUUCAGUCGGCGUCUGGCGCGUGUGCUUUGGCCUUGGCUUCGUCCUCCCGGCUGGAUUGCUCUUCUUUCGACUGCGCAUCAUCAACUCAACACAGUACCGCAAGCAUGUCAUUAAGCGCAAGAUCCCGUACCUUCUCGUCAUCAAACGCUACUGGAAGCCUAUGCUGGGAACCUCGUUGGCUUGGUUCUUCUACGAUUUCGUCACAUACCCUUUCGGCAUUUUCUCCUCGACAAUCAUAUCUCAGCUUAAUCCGUCCGACUCCUUGGUGCAGAACAUUGGAUACGGAACGGUCGUCAACUGCUUCUACCUUCCGGGCUGCAUCGUAGGAGGCUUCCUCAUGGACAAGAUUGGGCGGAAGCAAACCAUGACACUGGGAUUCUUCCUCUGGUCAGUGCUCGGCUUCAUCAUCGCUGGAGCGCUCAACCCCAUUCAGAGUGUCUUUCCGCUCUUCGUUGUCUUGUACGGUAUCUUCAACGCACUUGGUGAAAUGGGUCCAGGCGUCGCCACCUUCCUCUGUGGCGCCGAAUCGUUCCCGACCCCUCUCCGCGGACACUUUUUGGGAUUGGCAGCAGCGGUGGGCAAAGCUGGUGCUGCGAUUGGCACAGAAGUAUUCACGCCUAUCCAGGAUUCCUUCGGCGACGCUCAAGCAGGCAUCCGGGCGGUCUUCUUCAUUGGCGCCGCAUUCGCUCUGAUUGGGGGUAUCGUUGCGUGGACUCUGAUCCCUGACCGCGAACGAGACCUGGAGAGUGAGGAUGCGCGAUUCCGCGCAUACCUGAUCGAGAAUGGUUACGAAGGAGACUUUGGGGAGUCCCUUGAGUCAGAACUGAAGACUACGCAGUUUAGUCUCUAG